GGAGUGUAACAGGACAUUCAAGUAUUGAAAUAUUGAUAUGUGUAACAACACAAUUGUCAUGAGACAGUGGUAAUGUCUAGACACCAUAAACAUAAUUGAGAAGCAGAAAUUAGUUGAAUUCACUUGACCAACUUCAACAGAUGUCUCUUCAAGCAUGGGUUACUGAAAAUCACAAUUACAAAUAUACCCUGUGUUACAUUAGAUCAAUUUUAGAUGGCAUCGUGUGUUCAUAACAUGACACACGAUGUAAUUGUUCCAGUGAUCCAAAGCAUGCCUCCAAGAUUUCUAGCAUGUCGAACUUAACCCCCGAAGUCAUAAAUAAUCUAUUUCGGCACCAUCUCACUUCACCAACUAUUAGAACCCGGUAUAUUCCACUGCCUACUAUCCAGUAGUUAUGAUGAGAUCCUUUCUAGUUGAUAAUACCAUGUGGAUCAGAAGAUGCCUUUGGCUUUGGGCACUGUAUAGCACCUAUGAAUUUUAGUUUAAUAGUUUCAUUAUUGCGUUUUUCAUGUAAGUCGUAAAACAAAGAGAAGCAUUUUUGGGUCAGACUCAAGAAAUUGUAACUUAAACUGACUAUCUGUUACGGAGGAGGUCGAGACAAUGGUGUAUUUCUGUUUACAAACAACAUUGAACAUAUGUUGUUGUUUUUCAUACAUUACAGAAAGGCCUAAGGACCAGUCACUAUGAGGACCCAGACAAUUGUUAUCAUGGCAGUAGUGCUUGUAUUUGCCUGCUUGUGGCAAAUGGGUGACGCCCAGCCAGCCGCCACUACAGCUGCUGCCAAACCAGCUGCAGGAGGGCCUCCUGCACCACCACCUCCACCACCUGGUGAUGACGGUGAGGAGGAGGAGGAUGACGAUGAUGGUGACGGUGAUGAUGACGGUGAUGAUGACGGUGAUGAUGACGGUGAUGAGUAGACAUAAAAUGCAAUGGACAUCACUGCUUUAAAACGUGGCGGACUCAGGUUUUAUGUUGACUGGCUUCGUCGUUCGUGGUGACUUUAAUUUGAGUGACAUCAGUAAACACGAUAAAGUUCAAUUGAGCUGUUAUUUAUAAAACAGCGUAUACUUGCACAACAGUGCACAUUUCUGCUGCUUCCACAGGCAUAUUUCUGUUUGUUCAGAAUUCUAUCCACACUAUCAAACACUCUCUCUUCGUCGUUGUCUGUAAAUGAUAAUAAACACCUGACCGUC